AGCCACCCGAAUCUGGGGGGAUGAGCCGUUUAGCCCUCAGUACCAUCGCCCAGAAGCUGCAGUUCUCCAGCGAGGACGAGGAGGAGGAGGAGGAGGAGCCGGGGAUGGGUAACUUCUCCCACUACCUUCGAGCCCGGGAGGAAGCCGCCGCCGCUGCCUCCUCCUCCUCGGCCUCCCGGAGAGACUGUGCGUCCCCCUUCAGCCGCUUCCCAGUCGGUGCCGAGCUGACCCCGCUCUCCGGGGAGAGGAGGACCCCCCGUAGCCCCAGGGUCCGCCUGGCCGGGCGGGGCGAGUGUCCCGGGACACCUGUCGACUGCAUGAACUGGAGGAAGCUGCGGCUCUGUGAUACCCCUCACACUCCCAAGAGCCUCUUCUCCAAGGCCGGCCAGCUCUCGACUGCUGCCAAGGGUCCGAUCUCGAGGAUUCGCCGGCCGCUGGGAUUUUCUGCUGGUCCUGAGCGUCUCUGGGUUCCAUCGGUGAAUGUAAACCCCUUCACCCCAACUCUGUACCAUGAGCUGGGCCUCACUCACAGUGCAAAGAAUGGGAAACCUGGAAAGAGGAAGAAAAGGAUUGCAGAAAGGGGCAGGAAAGAUCUUGACACCAGUGAUGGAGAUAUGACUGAGGAAUUGCUGCUGCAUUCAAAGAGAUUUAAUCUCCGUGAGAGUGGCAUGGGCUCCCGUUAUGGCAUGGAGUUUUAUGAAUUGGAGAAGAUUGGCUGUGGGGAGUUUGGUGCAGUGUUUAAGUGUGUGAAGAGACUCGAUGGCUGCCUGUACGCCAUCAAACGGCUGAAAAGACCCCUCUCCGGCUCAGUCGAUGAGCAGACUGCACUCCGUGAGGUGUAUGCACACGCGGUGCUGGGACAUCACCCCCACGUGGUGCGGUACUAUUCGGCUUGGGCAGAGGAUGAUCACAUGCUGAUACAGAACGAGUACUGUAACGGAGGAAGUCUGGCAGAUGCUCUGAUGGAGAACUCGCAAGAAGGAAUAUUGCUGGCCGAGGGGGAGCUGAAGGAGAUUCUACUGCAAGUUUCAAUGGGACUGAAGUACAUUCACAGCUCCAGCCUAGUUCAUAUGGAUGUCAAGCCAAGUAACAUCUUCAUCUGCCAAAGAGUGAUGCCUGACAUGGUUGGAUGUGUGGAAGAGGACAGUGACGCUGAUGAGGAGGGAGUCUUGGCCACCAACGUACUGUACAAAAUUGGUGACCUUGGUCACGUGACAUCAAUCUGCAACCCACAAGUGGAGGAAGGAGACAGCCGCUUCUUGGCAAAUGAGGUCUUACAAGAGGACUAUUCAAACUUGCCCAAAGCCGAUAUCUUUGCACUGGGUCUCACUAUGGCACUGGCUGCAGGAGCAGAGGAACUGCCCCAGAAUGACAUGACUUGGCAUUACAUCAGGAAGGGUAACCUUCCUGCAAUUCCUCAGCAGCUGUCACAUGACUUUACCAGCCUGUUGAAACUUAUGAUUCACCCAGAUCCUGCAGAGAGACCAUCCUCGGCUGGGCUGACGAGACAUCCCACCCUUCGCAGGAAUUCCAGGAAGCUGGCUUCGCAACUCCGGAAAGAGCUCAACGUGGAACGUUUCAGGACAGCAAUGUUGGAGAGGGAGUUGAUGAAGGCGAGACUGUCUCAAGGUUUCCCACAGUCGGAUCCUAAAACUCUGCAUUCAGUCAAGAAACCAAUCCUUCCGGAAAAGAGGAACCAAAGGCUAGUGGGAGGCAGAAGCAACCGCUCAAUGAGCUUUAACUGUGUUGGAUACUGAGGGCCAUCUGUAUGGGGCUGGAGGAGAUUCUGGCUGUGGCCAGGUGGGGUGAUUAAUGUUAAACUGGCCUGGCCAGCCUUCAAUAGGCCUGUUACCAGUCAUAGUUAAAUAAUCUACCUAAAGUGGAAUGAAGACUCUGUAAACCAGAAGCUUGACUAGUUUUGUUAAACCAAGAAUCUUUAAAUGUAAAUUUUGAUCACCUCUACUAUGUUUAGCCCUUUUGAUACCUGUAGACUUGUGUGUAAUGGCACUCUUGCCUUGAGUAUUUUUAUAUUCUGUUAUUCAAAACAGCCUCUCUAUAACCU